UUACUCUUUAAAAAAUAAUUAACAUGAGCUAACCACGUGCCUUAUUUUUAGUGUUCAAAUAUUACAUACUACUAAAAUCAACUAACAUAAAAUAGUGUCAAAAAUAUUAUAUAUAAAAUACACUGUGAUAUUUCAAAAUAAAGAUGUCUUUGAGUAAAUUAACAGCAAGAUGUCUAUCAAAUCAUAAGAAAACAAAUAUUCUGGCCAACAGUGUACGUCAGAGUUCACAUUUUGUAUAUCUUCCUGAUGAAAAAGCACCUGUCGAAGGACCAACUACAAGACUUAACAUGUUCCAAGCAAUAAACAAUGCAUUAGAUAUUGCUUUACGGACAGAUGAAUCGGCUUGUGUGUUUGGCGAAGAUGUUGCUUUUGGAGGUGUAUUUAGAUGUACCUUAGAUUUACAGAAAAAGUAUGGUAGCAGUCGUGUGUUCAAUACACCAUUGUGUGAACAAGGUAUUGCUGGCUUUGGAAUUGGUUUAGCAAAUGUUGGAGUUACUGCAAUUGCUGAAAUCCAAUUUGCUGAUUACAUUUUCCCAGCAUUUGAUCAGUUAGUAAAUGAAGCAGCAAAAAUGCGUUAUAGAAGUGGAGGUGAAUUCAACUGUGGUAGUUUAACAGUGCGAGCACCUUGUAUGGCAGUCGGACACGGGGCUUGUUAUCAUUCCCAAAGCCCUGAGGCAUAUUUUGCACAUACUCCUGGAUUGAAGAUUGCCAUACCUAGAGGUCCAAACAUGGCCAAAGGUCUUUUAUUAUCCAUGGUCAGAGAAAAAGAUCCAUGUUUGCUCCUGGAACCAAAAACGCUUUACAGAGCAGCUGUGGAAGAAGUUCCUGUCGAUGAUUUCACAGUUCCUUUGGGGAAAGCUGAUAUUAUCAAGAAAGGUGAUGCAGUAACAUUGAUUGGAUGGGGAACUCAAGUACAUGUUUUACGAGAAGUAGCUGAGAUUGUAAAAGAAAAACUUGAUGCUAAUUGUGAAGUUAUCGAUCUUGUUUCGAUACUACCAUGGGAUUAUGAUACUGUUUGUAAUUCAGUAAAGAAGACUGGUCGUUGCAUUAUUGCACAUGAAGCUCCAUACACUGGAGGCUUUGGGGCUGAACUGGCUGCUUCCAUUCAGGAGGAAUGCUUUUUGCAUCUCGAGGCUCCUAUUCAAAGAGUGACCGGCCACGAUACACCAUUCCCUCAUGUCUUUGAACCGUUUUAUCUACCCGACAAAUGGCGUUGCUUUGAUGCUGUUAAGAAAAUUUUGCAUUAUUAAACACUUGAUAUUUUGCAAUUAGAAAAUAGUCAAAAUAGUGCCUUGGAUUUAUGCCAGAAUUGAUAUAAUUGCAUUUAAUUGUACAUUCCUAUAUGAAAUUAAAUUUAUUAAUUGAAUAAUGUAAUUUUGAAGGUCUCAAUUAAGGUCCCAAAUGUUUGGAAAUUGUUAUUUAUAAUGUAAUAGGUAUCUACUUUUUGGUAAAACUGUGGAAGGUAGUUAUUAGUGAUCUGAAACCAUUGAUAUUUUAUUUUAGGAAAAAUUCUGCAAAUAUAUAGCAUUUUAAUAAUAUUAUGCAUUCAGAGAAUGUAGUUAUUUAUACUGUUUUUAUUGUAAUAAAAAGUUAUCGAUUGUUA